AUGGAUUUCUCUUCUUCAUCAAUAGAUAUCGAAUCAACUCUUCCAAGCUGGGGUUUUUCAUUUAUAACUGUGAACAAGUUUCCUGAGGCGCUUAAUGAUGUUGAGCGGAAAUUUGGAGAAGAUAGCAUAAAUGCUACAUCUCUAGGAUAUGGAAUUGGAAACAUCAUUUCAAUGGGGGACAACUCUGCAAAGGAAAAAAACUUCAGCAAUCCUACAAACAACACAAUCAACAAUGUGAAUGGUGAUAAGGAUGGUGUUGCCUCUAGGAUCCCAACUCCUAAUGCCAUGAGUGAUUUCUGCGUUGGCAAGCCGCGUCGGGGUACUAGAAGUUCUUUCCAGAACAAGUUUAGUGAGGCGCUUAAUGAUGUUGAGCGGAAAUCUGGAGAAGAUAGCAUAAAUGCUACAUCUCUAGGAUAUGGAAUUGGAAACAUCAUUUCUAUGGGGGACAACUCUGCAAAGGAAAAAAACUCCAUCAAUCCUACAGACAACACAAUCAACAAUGUGAAUGGUGAUAAGGAUGGUGUUGCCUCUAGGAUCCCAACUCCUAAUGCCAUGAGUGAUUUCUGCGUUGGCAAGCCGCGUCGGGCGACAGCUCUUGGCAUUCAAAAAGCUCGAUACUUGCUAUUCAAUGUUGGAGCACUGCAUCUGAAAUACUUGAGAAUGAACAAGUUUCCUGAGGCGCUUAAUGAUGUUGAGCGGAAAUUUGGAGAAGAUAGCAUAAAUGCUACAUCUCUAGGACAUGGAAUUGGAAACAUCAUUUCUAUGGGGGACAACUUUGCAAGGGAAAAAAACUUCAUCAAUCCUACAAACAACACAAUCAACAAUGUGAAUGGUGAUAAGGAUGGUGUUGCCUCUAGGAUCCCAACUCCUAAUGCCAUGAGUGAUUUCUGCGUUGCCAAGCCGCGUCGAGUCAGGUACCCCGGAUCAGCAUCCUGCACGUCGUUGAUCCAGCUGAGCACUCCAGAGUCAGUGGUGAGCCUCCUUGCAUUCCGGAGGACUCAAUUAUUUUGUGUUCUUAGUUUUUGUUUUAUUAGGAUGUUGCGGGGUCUGUCCCAACAUCCAUCUCAGUAUUUUAGAGGCUUCAUAGACAGACAAGUUGGUAGAGGGCGUCUUCCUAGACGUUAUGUUGAUGAGCAAGAGUUACCCUAUGCACCGGGAGUGCAAGAUCAAGGGGAAGUUUCUAAUGCCGAGUUCAGAGAGGCAAUUAGAAUGUUGAGUCAAGCUGUAGCAAAUCAGAUUGGUCAGCAAAGAGGAGCUCGACAUGAAGGAGCUGACACUUCAAGGAUUCGUGAGUUCUUGGGGAUGAAUCCUCCGAGUUUCAUGGGUUCGAGCACUACUGAGGAUCCAGAGGAUUUCAUUGAGGAGUUGAAGAAGAUUUUUGAUGUGAUGCAUGUGGCAGAUAUUGAGCGGUGGAAAGGGGGCAGAGCUGAGAAUGCACCACCUACAAGUUGGGCCGAUUUUGAGGAAGCUUUCUUGGGUUUGAAGUUCACACAAUUAUCCCGCUAUGCUCCGGAGAUGGUUGCGGACAUGAGGAAUAGAAUGAGCUUGUUUGUUGCUGGGUUGUCUCGGUUGUCGAGCAAGGAAGGUAGGGCUGCAAUGCUUAUCGGGGACAUGGACAUAUCAAGGUUGAUGGUUUAUGUGCAGCAGGUUGAGGAAGAGAAGCUGAGGGACAGAGAAGAGUUCAGAAAUAAGAGAGCUAAGAUCGGGAACGAGUCCGGGCAGCAGAGAGGUAAUUCAAACCGUCCCUCCUUUCAGCAAAGGCAAAAGGGACCUGCUCCAUCAUUUGCUAGAGCACCUGCACCCAGAUACAGAGGUGAAUUUAAUGUUCAGAAUUCGAAGGACUUCAGGGCUAGACCAGCACAAUCUUCGGGUAGUGUGGCGCAAGGGAGUAGUAAGCCUCCUGUUUGCGCCAAAUGUGGUAGGAACCACUCAGGUAUUUGUCGAGAUGGCUCCAUUGGUUGUUUCAGGUGUGGUCAGAAUGGACAUUUCAUGCGAGAGUGUCCAAAGAAUAGGCAGGGUAAUGGAAGCAAUAAAGCACAGUCUUCUUCAGUUGUUCCACCAGACAGGACGGCACCUAGAGGAGCUACUUCUAGUACAGGUGGAGGAGCAAACCGCCUUUAUGCUAUCACCAGUCGCCAUGAGCAAGAGAAUUCUCCGAAUGUUGUCACUGGUAUGAUCAAAGUCUUUGCUUUUGAUGUGUAUGCUUUGCUAGACCCAGGAGCGAGUUUAUCUUUUGUAACUCCUUAUGUUGCAAAUCAGUUUGAGGUUCUUCCUGAAAGACUUUGUGAACCCUUUUGUGUUUCUACACCUAUUGGGGAGUCUAUUCUAGCGGAAAGAGUUUAUCGUGAUUGUCCUGUUUCUAUCAAUCACAAGAGCACCAUGGUUGAUUUGGUUGAGUUAGACAUGGUAGAUUUUGAUGUCAUUCUAGGUAUGGAUUGGCUUCAUGCUUGUUAUGCAUCGAUAGAUUGUAGAACUCGAGCAGUCAAGUUUCAGUUUCCGAAUGAGCCAGUCAUAGAGUGGAGUAGCAGUUCAGCAGUGCCUAAGGGUCGUUUUAUUUCGUACCUUAAGGCAAGAAAGUUAGUUUCGAAGGGUUGUAUCUAUCACUUAGUCCGAGUUCAUGAUUCUAGUGUUGAGAUACCUCAUUUCCAGUCAGUUCCUAUAGUAAGAGAGUUUCCAGAAGUGUUUCCUGAUGAUCUACCCGGAAUUCCUCCUGAGAGAGAGAUAGAUUUCGGCAUAGAUCUCAUUCCAGAUACUCGUCCUAUCUCUAUUCCGCCAUAUAGAAUGGCACCAGCAGAGUUGAAAGAGUUGAAAGAGCAGUUGAAAGAUCUCCUAGAAAAGGAUUACCGCCAGUUGAACAAGGUUACCAUCAAGAACAAGUACCCUCUUCCGAGGAUUGAUGAUCUUUUCGAUCAGCUUCAGGGUGCCACUUGUUUUUCAAAGAUUGACCUCCGAUCAGGCUAUCAUCAGUUAAGGGUAAGGGAAUGUGAUAUCCCAAAGACAGCUUUCAGAACCAGGUAUGGUCAUUAUGAGUUUUUGGUCAUGUCCUUUGGUUUGACUAAUGCGCCUGCAGCUUUCAUGGAUUUGAUGAAUAGAGUCUUCAAACCUUAUUUAGAUAUGUUUGUUAUUGUCUUUAUUGAUGAUAUACUAGUCUAUUCAAGGAAUGAAGAAGAUCAUGCUAGUCAUCUCAGAGAAGUUCUUCAGACUUUGAAAGACAAGGAGUUGUAUGCUAAGUUCUCUAAGUGUGAGUUUUGGCUUAAGUCUGUGGCAUUCCUAGGCCACAUUGUGUCCGGUGAUGGAAUUAAAGUUGAUACUCGGAAGAUUGAGGCAGUGCAGAAUUGGCCUAGACCCACAUCUCCAACUGAAAUUAGGAGUUUCUUGGGAUUAGCUGGCUAUUAUAGAAGGUUUGUUGAAGGGUUCUCGACUAUUGCAUCUCCUUUGACAAAGUUGACUCAGAAGGCAGUGAAAUUUCAAUGGUCUGAAGCUUGUGAGAAAAGCUUUCAGGAAUUGAAAAAGAGAUUGAUUACAGCUCCAGUUUUGACGCUACCAGAAGGUACUCAAGGAUUUGUGGUGUAUUGUGAUGCAUCUAGAGUUGGUUUGGGUUGUGUCUUAAUGCAGAAUGGCAAAGUUAUAGCUUAUGCCUCCAGACAGUUGAAGGUUCAUGAGAGGAACUACCCAACCCAUGACUUAGAGCUAGCUGCUGUAGUAUUUGCUUUGAAGAUAUGGCGUCAUUACUUGUAUGGUGUGCAUGUCGACAUAUUCACUGAUCACAAGAGCCUUCAAUAUGUGCUUACUCAGAAAGAGCUUAACCUCAGACAGAGGAGGUGGUUAGAGUUACUCAAGGAUUAUGACCUGAGUGUUCUUUACCACCCAGGUAAGGCUAAUGUUGUUGCUGAUUCUUUGAGCAGGUUGUCUAUGGGUAGCACCGCCCAUAUUAAAGAAGGAAGGAGAGAGUUAGCAAAAGAUGUGCACAGACUGGCAUGCCUGGUAGUCAGAUUUACAGAUUCCGCAGAAGGAGGAAUAGCGGUGACGAGCAGGGCCGAGUCAUCAUUAAUGUCAGAAGCAAGUGUUCAGAAGCAAAGAGUAUUAACUUUUGAACAAGGGGGAGAUGGUGUAUUGAGAUAUCAGGGUAGAAGGUGUGUACCUAUGGUAGAUAGACUCCAAGAGAGGAUUUUGGAGGAAGCUCAUAGCUCCAGAUAUUCUGUUCAUCCAGGUUCCACCAAGAUGUAUCGUGAUUUGCGUGAAGUUUAUUGGUGGAAUGGCAUGAAGAAGGGCAUUGCUGAGUUUGUUGCUGCGUGUCCAAAUUGCCAACAAGUGAAAGUUGAGCACCAAAGGCCCGGUGGUUUGGCUCAAAGGAUAGAACUUCCAGAGUUGAAGUGGGAGAUGAUCAAUAUGGAUUUCAUCACAGGGUUGCCGAGGUCUCGCAGACAGCAUGAUUCUAUUUGGGUAAUUGUCGACAGAAUGACAAAGUCAGCUCAUUUUCUACCGGUAAAGACUACCAAUACAGCAGAAGAUUAUGCCAAGUUGUACGUUCAGGAGAUAGUGAGACUUCAUGGGGUCCCAAUCUCCAUUAUUUCAUAUAGAGGUGCACAGUUUACUGCACAGUUCUGGAAAUCUUUUCAGAAGGGCUUGGGUUCAAAGGUGAACUUAAGUACAGUCUUUCACCCUCAGACUGAUGGGCAAGCAGAGCGCACUAUUCAGACCUUAGAGGAUAUGUUGAGGGCUUGUGUAAUCGAUUUCAAAGGGAAUUGGGAUGAUCACCUACCCCUCAUUGAGUUUGCCUACAACAACAGUUAUCACUCUAGCAUCCAGAUGGCUCCAUAUGAGGCUCUUUAUGGGAGAAGAUGUAGAUCUCCUAUUGGAUGGUUUGAAGUUGGUGAAGCACAAUUGAUAGGAUCAGAUUUAGUUUACCAAGCUAUGGAGAAAGUGAAAGUGAUUCAAGAGAGGUUGAAAACAGCACAGAGUCGUCAGAAAUCCUACACUGAUGUUAGGAGAAGGGCAUUAGAGUUUGAAGUAGAUGAUUGGGUAUAUUUGAAGGUUUCACCCAUGAAAGGCGUUAUGAGGUUUGGUAAGAAGGGGAAACUCAGUCCCCGGUAUAUUGGACCUUACCGCGUAGCCAAGAGGAUUGGCAAUGUUGCUUAUGAGUUGGAGUUACCACAGGAGCUAGCAGCGGUUCAUCCGGUUCCUAUUCAAAUCUUGGAUCGUCAAACUCGUAGGUUGAGAACGAAAGAUGUAGCCUCAGUUAAGGUCCUUUGGAGGAACCAAUUCGUUGAGGAAGCUACUUGGGAAGCCGAAGAAGACAUGAAGAAGAGAUAUCCAUAUCUCUUUGAGUCCGCAGAUCAAGCUCAGGGUGAUUUAGUAGUAGUUCCAGUUAUGGUAGCGAAGUUUGUGGAGCGAUCUUUCCAACGCCACCGAUCUUUCCAAAGUAAGUUCCCUAAUGUGCUUAAUGAUGUUGAUGCUCUAACUGAUGGAGAGAUGAGUAGCGGAACUUCCUUGAGUUACGAACAGAAGUACGCUCAUCAAUCUUUAGGCAGUGAAAAUAUGACAAGUGAAACAAGUCGUUUCUUUAAUCCUCCACAAAAUAAUGUUUUGUCUCGUGCUAGGAAUGAACCUAGUGAUCUGAAUGCUAGAAAUAAUGACAGAAGUCGUCUCCUUCUUCAAAAUAAUUAUCUUUUGGCUUGUGUUUGGGAAGAUUUUUCAAGUGGAUGUACAAGUGAUUAUCCUUUUCUUGUGCGAAGAUCUUCAAAUACCGGAGAAGAUAGCAUAAAAUCUACAUCUCUAGGACAUGGAAUUGGAAACGUCAUUUCGACGGUGGACAACUCUUCAAAGGGAAAAAACCCCAUCAAUCCUAUAGGCAACACAAUCAACUAUGUGAAUGGUGAUAAGGAUAUUGGUGUUGCCUCUAGGAUUCCAAAUCCUGAUGAGUGA